ACACAUCAUCACCCCAAACGCCACACAAAGUCUUCGUCUUCUCCUUCCUCCUCUGCUCUGCUCUUCACUUUCCUCUUCUCUCUUGCGGGUGCAAGAAGCAGAGGAGCACGCGAGCUGAGAAGGGAGGCACCGAGGCAGGAUGUGGCAGAGGUACAGGUUCUUGUGCUGCGGCUGCGGCGCCAAUACGGCGGCCGCCGGCGACAGGGAGCUCCAUGAUUACGCGGGCUGCGGCGGUGAAGGAGGGUUUGGGGAGGAAGAUGGGGGGAAAACGGGAGCGGUUGGGGCGGCAAUGAGGCUGCCGUGGUCGCAGGUGGAGGCGAUGACGGGCGGGUUCACGUCGGCGGUGGUCGGCGAGGGCGGGUUUAGCACGGUGUACCUCGCGCGCAUCUCCGGCGCCCUCGCCGCCGUCAAGGUCCACCGCAGCAGCGAGCGGCUCCACCGCGUGUUCCGCCAGGAGCUCGACGCGCUCCUCCGCGUCCGCCACCCGCACAUCGUCCGCCUCCUCGCCUUCUGCGAGCAGCAAGAGGAGGGCGUGCUGGUGCUGGAGUUCGCGGCGAACGGGAACCUUCACGAGCGGCUGCACGGAGGCGGGAAGGCCGCCGGGACGAUGCCGUGGGCGCGGCGCGUGUCGGUGGCGCUGCAGGUGGCGCGGGCGCUCGAGUACCUGCACGACCGGUGCGAGCCGCAGGUGGUGCACGGCGACGUGAAGGCCUCGAACGUGCUCCUCGACGCGGCCAUGUCCGCCAAGCUCUGCGACUUCGGGUCGGCGCGGAUGGGGUUCUCCGCCGCCGUCCGCCCCCGGUCGUCGGCGCACACCAUGCUCGGCUCCCCGGGCUACGUCGACCCGCACUACAUCCGCUCCGGCAUGGUCACCAAGAAGAGCGACGUGUACAGCUUCGGCGUCCUGCUCCUGGAGCUCCUCACCGGCAUGGAGGCCUUCUGCGCGGCGGAGGGCCGCCUCCUCACCGCCGUGCUCGCGCCGCGCCUCAGGCCGGUCCCAGGCGCCGCCCCCUGCGACGCGCGCGUGCUGGUCGACGAGCGGCUCGGCAGCGCCUACGACGCCGGCGAGGCCUCCGCCGUGGCGGCGCUGGCGGCCUCGUGCGUCGGCGACAACCCGAGCCUCCGGCCGUCCAUGGCCGACGUGGUGCGCACCCUGGAGCAGAGCGCGCAGGGCUCCAUCUCGGCCGUCGCCAAGGGAUCCGACGGCCACGGGAAGCUCUGAUUCACGAGGAGGCCGUCGUGUCGUGUCGAAUCCUAGGCGCUUAGAUCUGGGGCUUUGGUGAGCUGUAACUUCAUGAUGACGAGGAUGACGUCAUCCGCAAACGUGGACCCCUCCUAUUGGCCAGAGCUAGAAGAACAAAGUGGUAGUGCUCAAGCACAUUAUAAAAAAAAAGAAUCAAAAAAAAGGAGAGCAAAAGGUGUUGGGGAAAAAAAAGAUUUGGAGCAUCAAAAGCUGGGGUUUGUGUGUGCUAACGGGGAAUUUCGAUCACAUUGUGGUGCAAAAAGUGGCAGCGAUUUGAGAGGGUGAUUAGAAAAAAUGGAUCGUCCAUUCCACGAUUCUAAAGAGAUUUUGGUUUUUUUUCUAUUCCUUUCGUUGUUUGUGUAGAGUUCACCGGGUGUUCUUCCUUCUGUUCAUAUCGUUGGUGAUGGACUUAGAUUUCAACUAGAGUUUGGAUUUCAA